AUGGGAACUCGCCGGCAUUUUUCGUAUUCGACACAAAAAUCGAAUCAAGAGCCAGCGUUUAAACGAUGGAAAACGCGAUUCUCGGCCGGCGGCGCAAAUCGAACCAACGUUCACAAUAUUAUUCGAGAUUUGAGCUAUGAGCAUCUAGGAGAAGCGCCAAUCCGAUCGCAUCGAUUGCCAUAUGAUCGCUAUUCGUACAAAAAAGAUGCCGCCGGCGAAAGGGUAUACUCACCAAGUCAUUAUUACGACGAAAAAGGCCGCCCACUGCAAAGAGUUGGUCUUUUUCGAAAUUCGAAGCAUUCCGAUUUGGUUUUGCCGAAUGUCAAUGAGGAAGUUUUAAGAAAUGUCGGAACCAAAAAAAAAUCGAUUCGAAACCGCGUGAGACAAGUGGUCCAGGAAAUGGCCGGAAUUCCGGCGGAGCCCGCGUUUCAGCGAUUCGUCAAUCCGACAUCGCAUCGUCGGCUUUUCGACGUCUCACCGGUCGCGCGAUACACCAAUCCGCAUCAGAAUGUGCUCUAUGAUAGUGGAUAUGAGCCGCGAUACGAGAAUACGCGCUAUGAGAAAUAUCGACCAUCGAAUGAUGAAUAUUAUGAGUCUCAGAGGGUUCGAGAGGAUGAUGAAUACAUGGAUGAUCGACGCGGUUAUCAAAGAAGAUCAACGCCGAGAACUGAAGAAGACGAUUCUGAUGAUGAUGAUGGCGAAUUGCGACGUCGUCGCGAUCGGCGGAAUCGUCGAAUUGAGGCCGACGAGCGGAAGCGGCGUCGCCGCCGCAAUGUUUUUGAUAAUAAAUCGCCGGCUCGUGAUUUAUUGAGUGUUGCGUCGCCGAUGGGAAUACGAAGGUCGCUCGAAUCAAAACGUCGCCAUCAAUCUUAUCCGAAUCAACGCAAUGUCGAUUCGGCGGCGACGAACAGCGAUUAUGAAGAGGAAAGUGCGAUUCCGAUGCCGAAUAAGGUUGGUUUGAGCAAUUCGGAUCUCGACCAAUAUUUUGAACGCCGACAAAAAUUUGGUAGAAAACGCGAGAAAAAGUACAUAAUCGACGAGGCGAAUGAGUCAUGGCGAAAAGCGCUCGGCUUUAUGAAUGAUCGAAAUGGCGAUGGAAUGUUGAUUGUGAGACGAAUGGGCGCCUCUUUGCCGAUGCUGCCGUUGCGGGAGGACUCGCAGAAGUGCUAUUCGAAAGUUGCGAGCUUACUGAUUCGGAAAAGCAUCAAAAAUGCGGCGGAUCGCGAAAAAUCGCUGACGACAGCUCGAAGUAAACCGUCAGUCGAGCAGAAAUCGGCUUCCAAGAUCUACAACGAGCUCGUCGACAUGAGCACAAUUCUCGCUGCCGGCGGUGAUUUUGAGCCGAAAUCGACGCCUUCUGCUUCACACAAAUCGAUUUUUCACGAUAUUUCGAAAAUCCGAAAUCCGCAAAGAUUUUUGGGCGAUGAUUGCUCGAAGUUUGAAGCGAAUUCCGUCAUUUUCAAACGAAGCAAUGACGUCAUCAGGUCUUCGGAAUUCGACCUCAUGCCCAGCAGCAUUCGGAAUACUGAACUCAACGAUUCCGAGGAUCUCAUUGAUCCAAAGAUCGGCAGGGAUUACACAGAGGAGAAUAUUGAGAAGGGCGCUUCCCUUCUGACAUUCAUCGAUUCCCCGGAUGUUGGCUGUCUGAAAUCGAAUUUUGAGUUUGAAAUGAGUCCUGAGCCGUCGAAAGACGAUCCUUUUGGCUUUGAAAAACCGAUUUUUGAAUAUGAAAACCCGUUUCCUGAUGAGACCCCACCGAAUUCUGCAUUAGGCGAUGAUCCAACUUUUCGCAGAAUGUUCAAUAAUGCUUAUAAGGAGCACCAGACACGCAAAAAAUUGGCAAAUCCGUUCUACGACGAUGAAUUUUGA